AUGUCGGAUGUGUCGAACUCCUUCUCAGCUUGGGAGACCCUACCGGAGGACGAACCUCCGCUGUGCAUCGCAGUUCGACGCCCAGUGUCACCUCCACGCCAAUAUGAGGCGACCCCUACACCCAGCUACUCGUGCAGAGGUCCUAACAUUGUCAAUUUUGUGGUACGGUACCUACAACCGAAGCAUACGAAUGUAGGAGGUGCCAAUUUCGGUUAUGAUCUUAUCAUAGUGAACAACUCUCAACUUGAAACGAUGGCUGGCGGUGCGCUUCUUACUAUCAAUCCCAGUGUACAAAUAGAAAAUAACCCGCUGUUGGAUCCUAACUGCUCACAUGUCCUUCAGUAUUACCCUGACAAAAGAAGAAUUCGCGGGAAUCGCUCUAAUUGCGGCUGUGAAUUAGAUGUACCUUUAACGAACACCAACGUAAACGAUGUCGAGGACAAUUGUACUGCAAUUAUUGGGAACCUAUAUCUAUUUGGUCCUAAUGUUCCUUCAGCAGAAAUUCUAAAGAGAAAAUUUGGCAACGUAUAUCUUGUUAGCGGUGAAGUUGCAGUUGUGAAUACCGAUUACGAUGACCUCAAGUUCCUGGGAAAUUUGCAAUCCGUCGAAUUUUAUUACGGUCGUAUGUGGCCGAACGCUCUCGAACGAUUCGUUAGAAUUGAAAAUAACACUGCAUUGAAAACGUUAUCUUGGCCAAAGUUGAAGGAAGUAGUAUCGGCAACUAUUUUAAUUACGAAUAAUCCGAACCUAUGUUAUAGUGUUUUUGAACUUAACGGUCUUCUUGAAUCAAGGUUCGUUGAUCAAAUCAACGGAAAGGUGUGCGAAGAAAUACACCCUAAUGAGGAUGGAGCACGAGUAUGUAGGAUUGGUGAGGCAGCAACUAUAUCAAACAUUCCCGGAAAUUGUCAAAUUCUUGUCGGUGAUCUAACAAUUGAUCAAUCUUCGCCGGAAGAGGAAUUAUGGAAGUUGUACAACGUAACAAGAAUCUAUGGAAGUCUUACUAUUCGAAAUUCAUCUCUAAUUGGAUUCUCUUCAAUGUGGAAACUUCGUGACGUGUAUAAUUUAGCAGGUCGUUCAGCAUUAGUGAUCGAUUCGAACACAUACCUAAAAUCCAUAUAUCUAAUGUAUAUCUUCCGUAUUUCGAGUGAAUUACCCGUUCGUAUUACUGACAAUAAACGUCUGGACAUGUCACCAGCUGAAUGUGACCUACUCUCCGAUUCUGGCAGAAUCGAAUACGAUGGAAAUAAACGCGAUUGUUCAGGUAUCAAAGUGAACUUGUUUAUAGUCGACGUCAUUUAUGUUUACCAGAAGGACCGCGGUCGUAUCGGCGGUCGCAAUGAGCUCACUUUCUCUGCUUGCCAUACGUUCUAUCAGUGCUCUGCUUUGUCCAAAUCGAACGCGUAUGAAGGUCGCUCGCGGCACUAUUGA